GAAGCGGGUCAACAAAUGCAGAAAAGAGACAAAAGUUUCGGUAUACAAAUGCUCUCCGUCCAGCCGGACACCAAGCCAAAGGGCUGUGCCGGCUGCAACCGGAAGAUCAAGGACCGUUACUUGCUGAAGGCGCUGGACAAGUACUGGCACGAAGAUUGCCUGAAGUGUGCCUGCUGUGACUGUAGGCUGGGCGAGGUUGGCUCCACGCUCUACACCAAAGCCAAUCUCAUCCUCUGCCGACGGGACUACCUACGGUUGUUUGGUGUGACAGGGAACUGCGCGGCCUGCAGUAAACUCAUCCCAGCCUUCGAGAUGGUCAUGAGAGCCAAGGAGAAUGUCUAUCACCUGGAUUGCUUUGCGUGUCAGCUUUGUAACCAGAGGUUUUGCGUGGGAGAUAAAUUCUUCCUGAAGAACAACAUGAUCCUCUGCCAGACAGACUAUGAGGAGGGACUGAUGAAGGAGGGCUAUGCACCACAGGUCCGCUGA